AUGGCAAUGACGCAGUAUAUGCUGGAUCAACUCACAGACCUUCAGCGAAGGGAACAUGCACUUAAUGAAGCAAACAGGUCCCUCAAACAAAGGGAAUCUUCGAUCUAUAUAGUGAAGGCGUCAUUAGGUUGGGGGUCGUUUGUGGAUGAUGCUUUGCAGCUGUUGGAAGGAAACCAAGUAAAUCCACUCCAGUGGAAUCCAAGUGUACAAGAUGUGGGAUAUAGCCAACAACCGGCGCAACCUCAGGGCGAUGGCUUCUUUCAUCCCUUGGAGUGCGAACCAACAUUACAGAUUGGGUAUGAAUGCCCUCCUGAAAUGAGAAAAAAGAGUUGCAUUUUGUUUUCAAUUCUUUGA